CAACUGGCUUGGGAUUUGUGGUUGCAAGAAGGGUGCCAUGCGCAGCCCUGUUGUGCCUGGCUGGAGCCUGGCCUUUGGGCAUCCCAGAGGAUAUUCUCCUUGCCUUGCUGUUAUGUGUAGAUGCAAUGGCUCCCAAAAAGAUGCCCCCCAAAAAGGGAGGUGAUGGACUCAAGCCACAUCCAAUCGUUGGAAGAUUCGGGACAACCCUGAAAAUUGGCAUUGUUGGCUUGCCAAAUGUUGGGAAAUCUACCUUUUUCAAUGUAUUAACCAAGAGUCAAGCUGCAGCAGAGAACUUUCCUUUCUGCACUAUUGAUCCAAAUGAGAGCAGAGUACCUGUACCAGAUGAAAGAUUUGAUUUCCUUUGCCAGUACCACAAGCCUCCAAGCAAAAUUCCAGCCUUUCUGAAUGUAGUGGAUAUUGCUGGCCUUGUGAAAGGAGCCCAUGCUGGACAGGGACUAGGAAAUGCCUUUUUGUCACACAUUAGCGCCUGUGAUGGAAUCUUUCAUCUACUGCGAUCAUUUGAUGAUGAUGAUAUCACACACAUUGAAGGAAGUGUUGCACCUGUUCGUGACAUUGAAAUAAUACAUGAAGAACUUAGGCUAAAAGAUGAGGAAAUGAUCAUGCCCAUUAUAGACAAACUAGAAAAAGUGGCUGUACGAGGAGGUGACAAGAAAUUAAAACCUGAAUAUGACAUAAUGUGCAAAAUCAAAAGCUGGGUAAUAGAAGAAAAAAAGCCUGUCCGUUUCUAUCAUGAUUGGAAUGACAAAGAGAUUGAGGUGCUGAACAAACACUUGUUUUUAACUUCAAAACCAAUGAUCUACUUGGUUAACCUCUCUGAAAAAGACUAUAUUAGAAAGAAAAACAAAUGGUUGAUAAAAAUUAAAGAGUGGGUGGACAAGCAUGACCCAGGCGCCUUGGUCAUUCCUUUUAGUGGGGCCUUGGAACUCAAGUUGCAAGAAAUGAGUGCUGAGGAGAAACAGAAGUAUCUGGAAGAGAACAUGACACAAAGUGCUUUACCAAAGAUCAUUAAGGCUGGGUAUGCAGCACUCCAACUAGAAUACUUUUUCACUGCAGGCCCCGAUGAAGUGCGUGCAUGGACCAUCAGGAAAGGGACGAAGGCUCCUCAGGCUGCAGGAAAGAUCCACACUGAUUUUGAAAAGGGAUUCAUUAUGGCUGAAGUAAUGAAAUUUGAAGAUUUUAAAGAAGGAGGCUCAGAAUCAGCUGUCAAGGCUGCUGGGAAAUACAGACAGCAAGGCAGAAAUUACAUAGUUGAAGAUGGAGAUGUUAUCUUCUUUAAAUUUAACACACCUCAACAGCCUAAGAAGAAAUGAAUAUCAGAUCUGUUCAUUACUCAAAAUUAAACUCUGUUACUUUAAAAAAGCAUAUUGGUUUUUUUUAUUUAGAUAGGGAUAUCUUGAAGACAAAAAAAAUAAAUAAAUCUGUAUACAUAAGGACAAAUAACCCCCACAAAUGAAACCCCUUGUGUUUGUUUUGAGUUGAAUUAUGACACCUCCAGUGAAUGUACAAGUUCACUUAAAUGUGAACAGCUCUGCAUUUCAAAUGAUUAAGACUACUCCAAAUUGCAGGAGCUUUUCAGGAACCAUAUUACUCUCAUGAUACUUCAUUAAUCUCCAUCAUAUAUGCCAAGCCUGACAUGUUUGACAGUGAGGACAAUAUGGCUUGCUCCUUUUUGAAUCUACAGAUAAUGCAUGUUUUACAGUACUCCAGAUGUCUACACUCAAUAAAACAUUUGACAAAACCA